CAAAAUGAAACGCGUGGAUAUAAAAGACAUUCAUGAAGGAACUCGGAUGAUUAAAGACAGGUUGUCUAAUAAAAGAGUCCUCCUCCUUCGAUGAUGUGGAAAAAGUGAAUCAUAUUGAUGCAUUUGUGGGUAAGCGUGAUUGGUUUUGGCGGGGAGCAGAAUUAUUAUUACUACAAGAAACAAAGGUAUUCUUUGUUUUCCCAUAGUGGACUGCAGUUAUGAGCUUAAAUGCAUGGAUCCUGUUCAAUCUCUUAAACUUUUUAGUAAACACGCCUUCAGAAGAGAUUCUCCUCUGGACAAGGAUAUGAACCAAUCCAACAGGGCAAUAGAGAUUGCUAAAGGUCUUCCGCUUGCUCUAGAGGUCAUAGGUUCACUUUUAUGUCGCACUAAAAAGGAAAAUUGGGAUGGCAAAUUGAAGGAGUGGGAAAAAAUUCCUCCUGAGGAUGUUCUGAGUAAGCUGAAAAUAAGUUAUGACGCAUUACGUGAUCAUGAACAGCGUAUAUUCCUCGAUAUAGCUUGUCUUUUCAUUGGACAUGAGAAAGACGUCAUGAUUUAUUUCUGGGAUGACUCUAGAUUUUUUCCGAAAGAAGCCAUGGAUGUUUUGGAAAACAUGUCUUUGAUGAAGAUUGAUGACAAUAAAAAAGUGUGGAUGCAUGACCUAGUCAGAGACCUCGGAAGAGAAAUAGUUCAUCAAGAAAGUAAGCUGAAAAUAGAGGAGCAAAGUAGGGUGUGGGAUCCCGAGGAAGCAUUGGGUUUGCUGAGGACACAAAAGAAGAAGAAAAAACUUGAAGCUCUUCGUCUCCGCUUGGACCGUCAGCGCCCUUUUGCCUAUGAAGACUUUAAAAGACUACCAAAUCUAAGUUUACUUGAAGUUUGCGGUUCAACGGGAGGUUUUUGUGCAGAAGAGAGUCGUCUUUGGCUUGAAUCGCUGUCAAAUGUUUCUCCAACUAAUGAGGAUUUGCAUCUCCUUCCACAAUUACGAUGGCUUUCUUGGCAUUAUAUUCCCCCAACAUUUAAAAUUACAAAUUUCUCUAUGGAGGAUGUGGUUAUUCUUGAUUUGUCUAGGAGUAACAUUACACACGAGUGGCAAGGGUGGAGCCACAUGAAGGUAUCUUUUAUGGUAGGAAAAACUCAUUAUUUCAUCUUAUCACAUUUGAAAGUAAUCUUUGCAUGAUUUUUCUUU